AUGAGGCCGGAACCGAGCAGGAUAGGGCCCGGGAGGAGGACCGCGGGGCCCUGGCCGGGGGUCCGCGCGUUGCCCACCCACAUCCCUGCCUCCCCCGGGGCCAGCUCUCUCCCCUCCCGUGGGAAGCGCUCUCUCCAGUCCCCUGCGCGGCCCUUCCUCGCUCUGCUGCUUCUGGUUUCCGUCAAGCAAGUUACAGGAUCUCUCCUUGAGGAGACAACUCGAAAGUGGGCUCAGUACAAAGAGAAGUGCCUGAGAGACUUACUCAAAGAACCUUCUGGCAUAUUUUGUAAUGGAACCUUUGAUCGGUAUGUAUGCUGGCCUCAUUCUUCUCCGGGAAAUGUCUCCGUUCCCUGCCCUUCAUACUUACCUUGGUGGAGUGAAGACAACCCGGGAAGGGCCUACAGACGCUGCCUGGCUCGGGGCACUUGGCAGACGCUGGCGAAUCGCACAGUUUGGCAGGAUGACUCCGAAUGCUCCGAGAACCACAGCUUCCAAGCAAACGUGGAACACCACGCCUUGCUGUCGACCUUGCAGCUGUUGUACACCGUGGGCUAUUCCCUCUCCACUGUCGCCCUCCUCCUGGCUCUCACUCUCCUCCUGUUUCUUCGGAAGCUCCACUGCACCCGCAACUACAUCCACAUGAACCUGUUUGCUUCCUUCGUCCUGAAAGCCCUGGCCGUGCUGGGGAAGGACAUCGUCUUCCACAACUCUUACUCCCGGAGGCCCGACACCGAGAAGGAGUGGGUGUCCUACAUGUCCGAGAUUUCCGCCUCCUGCCGCUCAGCCCAGGUUCUCCUGCACUACUUCGUGGGCGCCAAUUACUCGUGGCUCCUGGUGGAAGGCCUUUACCUCCGCACGCUGCUGGAGCCCACGGUGCUUUCCGAAAGGCGGCUGUGGCCCACAUACCUGCUGGUGGGUUGGGCCUUCCCGCUGCUGUUUGUUGUGCCCUGGAGUAUCGCCCGUGCGCAGCUGGAGAACACAGGAUGCUGGGUAACCAACAAAAAUAAGGAAAUCUGGUGGAUCAUCCGAGGACCCAUGCUGCUUUGUGUAGCAGUCAAUUUCUUCAUCUUCCUGAAAAUUCUCAAGCUUCUCAUUUCUAAGCUCAAAGCCCAUCAAAUGUGCUUCAAAGAUUAUAAAUACAGAUUGGCAAAAUCAACGCUGGUUCUCAUCCCUUUGUUGGGUGUUCACGAGAUUCUCUUCUCUUUUGUCACUGAUGAUCAAGUUGAAGGAUUUUCAAAACUUGUACGCCUCUUCAUCCAGUUGACUCUGAGCUCCUUCCAUGGACUACUCGUGGCCUUGCAGUAUUGCUUUGUCAAUGGAGAGGUGAAGGCCGAGCUGCGGAGGCACUGGGGCCGCUUCCUGCUGGCCCACCACUCGGGCUGCAGAGCCUGGGGCCUGGAGAAGAACUUCCGAUUCCUGGGGAAGGGCUCCAAGAAGCUCUCCGAGGGAGACAGUGCCAGGGCGCUGCAGAAGUCACAGUCCUCGCCUGGCAGUGGGCAGCCCCUGCCACUGACCAUGCAGGGCCUGGGGGAGCUGGGCACCAGGACCCACGGGGGCCACACAGCCUGGCGCUGGGCCCGCAGCCUGUCCGAGAGCAGCGAGGGGGACUUCACCCAGGCCCACACCAUGGAGGAGAUUCUGGAGGAGAGUGAGAUGUAG